GGGACGUCCCUCCGGGGACCCGCGCCCUUUCCGCAGGUACAGCAGCCCCUGAUCAGCCCAGCGACCUCUCCUCGCCUCGCUGUAUCCGCCGCCGGCCCCGGAGCACUUUCUCCGCUGCACUCGAGCCCCGGAAGGGCGCCAGGAGGCAGCGCACGGAGGAGAGGAAGGGACCGGCCGGGCUGGGAGGGGAGGGGACGGGAAACGGGGCUAUGAACGGCUCGGCGAACUCGCUGCUGGACAAGGAAGAGCAUCCGCUGCAGCUGGGCGAGAGCUUCGAGCGGCGGCCCAAGGCCUCCUUCCACACCAUCCGCUAUGAUUUUAAACCAGCGUCGAUUGAUACAUCUUGUGAAGGGGACCUCCAAGUGGGUAAAGGAGAUGACGUAACAAUCACUUUGCCACAUAUUCCAGGUUCGACUCCACCAAUGACUGUGUUUAAAGGAAAUAAAAGGCCGUAUCAGAAGGACUGUGUGCUUAUCAUCAACCAUGACACUGGGGAAUAUGUGCUGGAAAAGCUUAGCAGCAGCAUUCACGUUAAGAAAACAAGAGCAGAGGGCAGCAGCAAGAUCCAAGCCCGAAUAGAACAACAGUCUGCCCGAGCAUCUCAGCCUCCUUCGCAGUUCAGAGCCCAAACCAAGCCAGCAGUUGGACCUAAAACUUCUCCUUUGAAAGAUAAUCCUUCACCUGAGCCUCAGCUGGAUGACAUUAAGAGAGAGCUGAGAGCAGAGGUUGAAAUUAUUGAGCAGAUGAGCAGCAGCAGCGGAAGCAGCUCCUCGGAUUCUGAAAGCUCAUCUGGGAGUGAAGAUGAAAGCUCCAGCAGUGAGGGGGAAGAACCAGCACAUGUUUCCCCUUCCCAGCCACCGCACCAGCAGUAUAACAACAGGAACGCUGUUGUUAACGGCACCAGCAGGUCACAGGGAAGCAAUCAGCUCAUGAACACGCUCCGAAAUGACUUGCAGUUGAGUGAGUCUGGGAGCGACAGUGAUGACUAGAGGCUGAGCUUUUGCUGUUUCUGUUACAUAUACAUGAAGAACUAAUUUACCUUGAAGUGAUCCUACUGCUUAUGAAGAGGAGCUGGCACAGAGAUAGUUCCAUGUGUGGAAUUGUAAUAGGAGAAAUGCACAGCCCUACAAAAUAGCAGAUGUUGAGGGCUGGUUUACUUUGUGAAUUAAGUGUAUAUUUUGUGUAUAUUCUUAUUCUUCUAAAACUUUAAACAGAUCUGUACAGUGGGUAAGCCAAUAUGUGUUCCUUUCCAUCAUCUGUAAGUUUAAUGUAUAACUAUAUGAUAUCAUCUAAAAUUUUUCUGCUUGUAGACAAUAUUCAGCCCAUUGUGACUUUGGGAGGGGGGACUUUUGUAUAUAGGGGGAGCAUGAGCCUACAGCGUGUCUAAAAAAAAGGAAACCAUGCAGGAGCUGGUGUGUGCACUGAAGUGGGACUGUGGGAAAUUAAGUUUCAAUACUGCUAAGUUGGUUUCUUUGGUUUGGGACUUUUCUAAUGUCUUUUUACUGCUAUUUAUGGUUGAUUUAAUGGGCUUGCUUUUAAACAGUUGGAAGAUACAAAUAAUGAAAUCACAUUUGCCUCAAACCUUGCUGCAUCAGUGCCUUAUAGCAAGUUUGUUAGAUACUGCUUCAGUUCCUGCUGCCUUUCCUAUAGGGAACAAUACUGAAACCUCCUCAGAUUGCUUUUGAAAGCAAGAGCUGUUAUUUCAUGUACAGCCAACCGUACUCCCAGGGUAGUUGCUCUAGCAAGAUAAAAGAUAUACAUCAGUCAGCUGAACACAGCCAAAUAAACACCAGAUCCACGUUUUCUCGUGUAA